GAAUGGGCGAAACUGCCCAAAGAUAAGUGUGUCAAGCUUGUGGCAUUGUAUUCAAAAAUACUUGAGGCUGUAAUUGCUGCCAAAGGUUAAUUAACAAAGUAUUGAACUAAGGAUGUGAAUACUUAUGAACAUGUGAUUUAUUUAUUUUUAGUUUAAAAAAAAUUAAAUAACUAUUUGCAAAUUUAAAAAAUCACAUUGUCAUUAUUGCUUACUACCUGUAGAAUUCUGAGGACAAAAAUGAGUUUAUUCCAUUUUGCAAUAUGUCUGGAUGCACUGUUGCUGUUUUUCUGACAUGUUGUGUCUGCAGUGAAGAGAAAGAUUCAGAGCUCCAUGUUGGCAUCUCCAGCUCUGAUGGACUGGUGUUCAGUUAUACAGAGUUUGGCGUUCAGCGUCAGGUGCAGGGCUGGGAACAGAGCAUCAUCAUCCCUCUGGUCGCCCCCGGCAACCACAUCUCAGACUUUAAAAGAAAGUGGGACACACAACUAGGGGAGUUUGCCGCCCUGGACAUCUGGACGCCAGACAGGUUUCAGGAGGAGAGGGAGUUUGGCUCGUGUUGCUAUGGUUUCGCUCUGGGCUUCAUUAACCGGGUGAUGACGUUGCAGGGAAAGCAGUCAAUCAGCAGAGAGUGUUUCACCUCUCACUACGUGCUCCCCAGGAUUGAGAGCGCCUCUCGAUACCUGUCAGUGUUCCAUCACGUCCGUCGCCAUGGAUACUGUGGUGCUGAAGGGAACCUUGAACAACUUUCAGACUGGAACGCUUUUGUCUCCUAGGUUCUUUGAACUUACCGCCAGCUUGGACUAGACCAGAAGGUCUGUUUCCAUGGCGACGGCUUCACACGUGACGUGCAAAGAGUGUCAGUUUGUGCUCGGCUCACACGUCGGUCAGGUCACGUUUUGACAGACGACAUGGAUUUACAAGCUGCAUCCGUGGAAGAUGAUAAUCCUACUGUCCAAACAUUACAAUAAUUACAGUAAUAACAUUGAUGUAACACUUUCCUGACUUAUAUUUUUUUUGACAACAUUAAAAGUAGAACCAGAGGA